AAAUACAGCAUAACCCUACCCAUCUUCUCUGCCCCCCACAUCCCUUCUCCUCACUCGGCGUCUCCGCUCCUCCCCCGGCGUCUCCGCCCCUCCCUCGGCGUCUCCGACUCUCAGCCUCGGCGUCUCCGCCCCUCCGUCGGCGUCUCCGACUCUCAGCCUCGGCGGACUCAUCUUCUCUCUCUACCUCGCAGCCUCUCCGGUUACGGUUGUCCACCAAGGCGCCUUCGGCUCUCUGCUCUAAGCGCUUUCAAGUUCGAAGCUCCUCUCUCAUCACACCUCUGUGGCAACCCAUCGAACAGUUCUCCACUUCUCGCUGAUCAGCUGGUCGCCUGCUCUGUAUUGCCACCACCGCCGAACCAGCAACCCCGCCGCGACGACCAUAGACCCAACGAUGGCCGACCGUUGAUACCGCGGGCACAUCGCCACAACUGAUGGUCCUGUAAGCAACUCAGUGAGUAAAGCUGUAAAGAAGCAGUUGAUGUAGUCUGCUUUGCCCAUACACAAGACACUUGACACUGUUUUAGCACAAGGAGAGAGAGAAGCUUGAUAGUUUGGCACAGGCUUGCUUCACGGAUUCUCAAUGAUGGCGGCUUCUUUACAUACCGGUGUGAGAAUACCUAUCAAGUCACACCAGUUCCAUUAUAAGCCCCCCCACAUACACCCUUCUUUUAGAUUGGCUACAAUCCGCUGCUCUGUCGCUGAUCCCAGCAAAUGCUACUCCAUCACUCUCCUCCCCGGUGAUGGUAUCGGCCCUGAAGUCGUCUCUGUCGCUAAGAAUGCUCUACAACUCGCUGGCUCUCUUGAAGGAAUUGAGUUUGGGUUCAAUGAGAUGCCUAUGGGUGGGGCUGCUAUUGAUUUGACAGGAGUGCCUUUGCCUGAGGAGACUCUUUCAGCCGCAAAGCAAUCUGAUGCUGUUCUUCUUGGGGCAAUUGGAGGGUAUAAAUGGGACAACAAUGAAAAGCAUUUGAAGCCUGAGACCGGAUUGCUUCAGCUUCGAGAGGGUCUUAAGGUCUUUGCAAACUUGAGACCUGCGUCAGUCCUGCCACAGUUGGUAGAUGCUUCGACAUUGAAGAGAGAAGUCGCAGAAGGUGUAGAUCUAAUGGUUGUCAGGGAACUUACAGGAGGUAUUUAUUUUGGCAAACCAAGGGGUUUUGGUACAAAUGAAAAUGGUGAGGAAAUUGGUUUCAAUACUGAGGUUUAUGCAACUUAUGAGGUAGAACGUAUUGCUCAUGUAGCAUUUGAAACUGCACGAAAACGUCGAGGAAAACUCUGUUCUGUUGAUAAAGCAAAUGUGUUGGAGGCCUCUAUGCAUUGGAGAAGGAUUGUGUCAGAGUUGUCCAAAGAGUACCCUGAUGUUGAACUUUCACAUAUGUAUGUUGACAACGCUGCCAUGCAGCUUGUUCGCAAUCCAAAACAGUUUGAUACGAUUGUAACAAACAAUAUAUUUGGUGAUAUUCUAUCUGAUGAAGCUUCAAUGAUUACUGGAAGUAUUGGUAUGCUUCCAUCUGCCAGUGUUGGAGAAUCGGGACCUGGACUCUUUGAGCCAAUACAUGGUUCUGCUCCUGAUAUCGCUGGACAGGAUAAAGCAAAUCCUUUAGCAACAGUGCUUAGUGCUGCUAUGCUUCUCAAAUAUGGCCUAGGAGAGGAGAAGGCUGCUCAGAGGAUUGAGGCAGCUGUUUUGGAUACUUUAAAUCAAGGAUUUCGCACUGGUGACAUAUAUUCUGCUGGGCAUAAAUUAGUCGGGUGCAAGGAAAUGGGUGAAGAAGUGCUGAAGUCAAUAGAAGCUCAAGUUCCUGUAUUGCUGGGCUGAUCAUGAGCUUGUUCUUUUGGUUGGGUGUUAGGUUGCAUUAUCUUCCUUGUUGCAUGUGACACCGAGAAUUUUAAUUAUAUUCACGGAUGUGAACUUCUUUGUUGAAGAUGAACACCUUGGAUUUUUAUUUUUAAAAUUCUGUUUGCCAUGCUUAUUUUUGCAUUCAUAUGUUGUUUGAAUUGUGAACAUUAAUAUUUAAACCUCCUUCAUUCAAGGAGGUGGACGCUUUUUUGAAGAUGAAUGCGUAUUUUAUUUUUUUA